AUGGUAGCACUUCAAUGGUCAACAAUGUUUGGAGAAUACAGAAUGGAAAGUGAGAUGGGGUGGAAGACGUUGUAUUGGUCCAACCAGUACCACCUACAACAGGGACCACGUUACACGACUCUAGUCGGUUGCCAUCCUACUAAGGGAUGUGGAGUUCCUAUGACAAAAUGUGUCGUUAGUCUCUCCAAAGAUUUCAUCCCAGCAGCGCAAAAACCGUCAUUCCAGCUGUCCCACCUCAAGGGAGGAACUCUGAAUCAGAUUGUGAGGGAACGAGAGUACAUCAUUCUCAUGGGCGAUGAGACCUCAGCUCGUACCAAUGGAGUGAUAUUUGCUUUUGAAAAGUUCUGUUUUGCUUUUUGGAUUAUAACGGUGCCUUUCUACAUCCUAUUAAUGUACGCCUUGGUACGAGCUCAGAGGAAAAAAAGUCCAUCCCUGACUAGUUCGUUCUAUAAACUCUGUAUCACCGCAGGAUUUAUUGACAUCGUGAAUCUUCUAAACAAUUACUUCGGUGCGGUGUUUCCCAAAUGGGGAUGGUUCACCUCUGUUUAUUUAUUUCUUGGUAAACCAUAUGUGUAUACGUAUCUGGUCAUAGCAUGGGGUUCAGGUAUCAACCAAGCAAUUUCGGUAUCGAUGCUGGCUGCUAACCGACUCUCGGCUAUACUAGUUCCACAAUAUUAUCACAAGAUAUGGGCUAAGCAACGACUGAAUCUUGCUAUGGUCAUCCAAAUCGUUCCUGGGUACAUCAUCCCCGCAUUACUCUUUCUCCGAAAUAAAGUGCACAUUAAAGAAACACACACCGGAGGUCUAGUGCCAGCAUUUCAAGGGAAAAACACAACGGAAUCUUACUUUACUAUUGCUGGUCUAUUUCUAGCAGCUAACUGUCUAUUUCUUGUAUUAGCCUAUUGCUAUUUAUUCUUUAUGCUUCGAAUAAGGCACCAUGCUCAGCUGGAGAUGGUAAAACUUGGAACAAUGACUUUCAAUAGCUCUCAUUUCAUAACUGGAAUCGUCACUAUUUCUGAAAGAAUUUGCUUUGUCUAUUGGCUAUUCACUGUACCUUUCUAUACAUUUAUUGUGUGGGUAUUGAUUCGUGCUCAAAGGAAAAAGAUUCCUAAUCUGACAAGUUCAUUCUAUAAAAUCUGCAUCGUUACAGGAUUUAUUGACAUCGUAACACUUCUUACCAGUUACUUUGGUUCGGUAUUUCCUAUGUGGGGAUGGUUUACAAGCGUUUAUAUAAGACUAGGGAAGGCAUAUGCAUACACAUAUCUGAUUUUUGCAUGGGCUUCAGGUAUCAACCAAGCAGUUUCGGUCUCAGUUGUGGCUGCAAAUCGUCUCUCAGCUAUUUUAUUUCCACACAGAUAUGCGGAGUUUUGGCAUGGACGACGCCUUCAAGCUGUUGUGGCUAUUCAGACCAUUCCUGGUUUUAUGAUUUCCUUGAUGAUCCUCGGUAAUGAAGUAAUUCUCGAGAGGACUAAGCGUGGAGGUGUAAUACCACAGCUGGUCGACAACCUCUACUCCGGAGUCAGCGCUUAUUUACUAUGGAUUUUCAGUGAAGAUCUUCGACGUUACGUCUAUGAACUCUUAGGAAUUAAAAAGCAAUCAGGGAACAUAACCGUCACUAUCGUUACUUGUCGACAAUCAAAAUGA